AUGGAGCAGUUUUCAAGAUCCGCUUUGCGGUCGCAUUUCCUUUUAGCAUCCCUCAUAAUAGCAGCUUUGAUCGGAAACUCUUGUAUCACGGCCGCUAGUGCUGGUCAUGAGCUCCGCGGGGGGAGUCCUGGGAGGUACAACACGCGGGCCGGCCCCGUGGAGGGGAAGCUUAACGUGCACCUCGUAGCGCAUUCGCAUGAUGACGUGGGAUGGCUUAAAACCGUCGAUCAGUACUACAUCGGGUCGAACAACUCCAUUCAGGUUGCUGCGGUACAGUACAUCCUCGAUACAGUGGUGGAGCAGCUGAGCGAGGACCCCAACAGGAAGUUCAUUCAGGUGGAGCAGGCCUUUUUCCAGCGCUGGUGGCGUCGGCAAUCCAAGGACGUGCAACGUGUCGUCAGGCGAUUGGUCAAGAACGGUCAACUGGAGUUCACCAACGGCGGGUGGUGCAUGCACGACGAGGCGGCGACGCACUACACGGACAUGGUGCACCAGAUGUCUCUCGGGCUGCGCCUCAUCCGCCGCCAGUUCGGCCAGGUGCCGCGCGUCGCCUGGCAGAUCGACCCCUUUGGCCACUCCGCCGUGCAGGGCUACCUCAUCUCCGCCAUGGGUGGCUUCGACGCGGUGUUCUUCGCGCGCGCGGACUACGAGGACAGCGAGGCGCGGUACCGCGCGCGCACGGCGGAGUUCGUGUGGCGCGCGUCCGACACGCUUAAUGAGCGCGCGGAGGUGUUCGGCGGGCGGCUGUACGUGCACUACCUGCCGCCCGACUCGUUCCGCUACGACACCAACAACUGGGACCCGCCCGUGCAGGACGACCCUGAAUUGUAUGACUACAAUGUGCAGCAGCGCGUGGACAAGUUCGUGGAAACUGCGCUCAAACAGGCAGAGAGCUACCGUACAAACCACAUCAUGUGGACGAUGGGCGACGACUUUGCAUACAGCAACGCGGUGACGUGGUUCCGCAACAUGGACAAGCUCAUUCACUACGUCAACCGCGACGGGCGGGUGAACGCCUUCUACUCCACGCCCUCCAUCUAUGUGGACGCCAAGCACCGCGCCAACGAGUCCUGGCCCGUCAAGACCGGAGACUUCUUCCCCUAUGCGGACUGUCCGCACUGCUACUGGACGGGGUACUUCUCCUCCCGCCCCGCCUUCAAGCGCUACGUGCGGCACUGCAGCGCGCUGCUCCUCGUACGCCCUGCCCCUGGCCCCCUCCUACCCGCCCCUGCCCCUUCCUGCCCUCCCCAGCUCGCCCCUGCCCCCCCCUGCUCUUCCCACUCCGCCCUUCUCCCCAGCCUGCUCUUCCCAGCCCUACCCAACCCGCCCCUGCCCCCCACCACUCGCUCGUGCAUGCUCUUGCCCCCUGUCAACCAUCCCUUGCAUGCUGCCCGGCAAGUGGAGGCGCUGGUGGGGGGCAGCAGGGUGGGGAGAGGAGUAGAGGGGGCGGGUGUGGGAGGGGAGGGGCGGGAGUGGGGGGUGGAGGAGUUGGAGGAGGCGAUGGCGGUGGCGCAGCACCACGACUCGGUGAGCGGCACGGCCAAGCAGCACGUCAACGACGACUACACCAUCAGGCUCUACCGCGGGGCCGUCAAGUGUGAUGUGCUUUUCUGUCCCGGUAGCAAGGGCCAUGCUGCCACAGCCAGUGAUGAGUGA